AGCUGCGCAUGCGCACUCGGAGAAACAUUUGGCAGCGACGAAAGCGUCUAUGACUACAGGACGGUGCGGAUCAACAAAUCGAAGAAACUAGAACACAAACAUAAAUUUCAAACAAUAUUCUUUGGAGAUGAGCUGUAUCCCUGCAAAUAUUAAGCAGAGAAUCAAACAAUGACAGAAAAUUUCCACAGAUGUUGGUAAAAAGAGGUAACAGCUAUCGGCAGGUGACGCUCACAUUCCACAAACCACGAGCACAAUAGCUCUAGCAAACUUCUUUACCAUUUGCUUAGAGUAUUGACAUUAGAACUGCAGUAAAGAAUCUGUUUUGUAUUUCAUACAAAAUGAGCUCAACAGAUACUUAUCGGACAAGGACCAACAGUGUUGUGUCAGAUGUUGGAACACUGUUAAGUGAAUACAGCGAGCUCAGUCGAUUGACUCAUCGAAAGACGGGCCCAUAUUUGGAAGGGAACCUGAAAUUAUUGAAUACCAUAGAAUCUCCCGCAGAUGUUAUGUGUUGUCGUUUUACACCUGAUGGGGCCCGGUUGGCGGUUGGUCUUUGUGAUGGAUCAAUAAAGAUCUAUGAUGCCAGCAAUGGGCAAAUGUUGUAUAGCCUGAUGGAUAAUGACACAUUGUCCAGUAGGUUACCAGUCACACAGAUUCGUUUUCCACCACCCAUAGAGAAUGUGGAGUCAAAAUAUGAACACAUCUUACUGGCUUGCUAUGCCUCAGGUCUGGUCAAGUUUUGGCACUAUACCUCCUCUUCAUGCAUCCACACAAUCAAUGAGUCGAGACAGACACUAUCAUUAACUAUCAGUCCUGAGGGCACACAUUUCCUGACUGCAGGAGCAGACCCUCAAAUUCACAUGUACAACAUGGAGACAAAGCAAAAAAUCAGAACCUUGGAGCCUAGUGACUGUUAUGAGCUCAUGGAUGGGCACCGCUUUCGUGUGUUUGCACUGCAGUACAACAUUAACUAUCCAAAUGUCUUUAUUUCUGGUGGAUGGGAUGACACUGUGCAGUACUGGGAUGACCGGCAGACACAUUCUGUCAAAAAGUUUUGUGGGCCUCACAUUUGUGGAGAUGCACUGGACAUUGACCCAGUACACAACCACAUCCUUACAGGGUCUUGGCGUCGAUCAGCUGUGCUGCAGAUAUGGGACUUUGCCAUGGCAGUGAAGAUAAAGGAUGUUCCUCAAACUCCUAUCACUUCCAGUCAGCUGUACUGUGCUCAGUGGCUGGGUAGAGACAGCAUCAUCUGUGGUGGUAAUGACCAUAACAUGGCUCUGACACUGGACAGGGGCACCCUUAAUCCAACUGGAAUGUUUGUAGACCUGCCACAGGGUGUCUACUGCAUUGACAGUGACCAUCAAGGUCAGCAUCCUCGUAUAGCUGUUGGUUCCAACCGCUUUAUCUAUAUUCUGCAAUGCUGAGCAAGGCUGAUCAAGUCUCCUAUGGUGGUCUGUACAAUUUCAGUGACUGCUUCACGGAACAAGUUGGUUUUUUUUAACAAAAAUGUUGCCAUUUUGGGAAGGUCUCUGGCUGGUUUAAAGGGUGAUAAAUGAUGUAUUAAUGUGGAGUAUUUUAUUCCACUAGGAUUCAGCAUAACAUAUUUUACCCUAAAACUUAUUCCUGCAUCAAUGAGCUACUGCUUAAAACACAAGAUGCAUUGCAUUAUUUUUCACUUUAAUAAGCAUGUACUUUAGAUUUAUUAUUUUUUUUAAAUUGAUGUGACAAUCUAAGAGAAAAAUACACAUACCAGUUCAUCAAUUUUUCUUUAGUUAAAUUCUGGUCAGUCGUGAAGAAUUAAAAAAAAAUUUUGGUUGGUUCCUUCAAUUUCAAAGCAUUUAUCCUGUUUGUUACUUUUCUUUAUAUAUAGAUAUAUCAUUAAUAUGGAUUUUGACUUUAUAGAUACAGUAUUUUUACAGAAAAGUAAGAGGGCAUAAUUAAGCACUCACUUGAUAAUUCCAAAAUUAAUAUUGACUUUCUUGAAUCAAUGGAUAAUGAUGUGGUUUGGUUUCAUCCAUGGCAUAAUGUUAGCUUGUCACAUUGUCAAGAGACCAUGAUUUUAUGACAUCACUGCAUUAUAUAUAUAUACACUGUUUUGUUUUCUUCAGUGUACGACAUUAGUAGUGACUCAUUUAGGCAAUGACUGCUCA